AUGCCCCUCUUUCGCGCUGUCGUCGCGCCAGGAAGCGCUAUACGCCUUCACGUGCAGCGAACCGGCCUCGCCCCGAGCUUGGUUGCGCGAUACGCGACGGGCUCGCGAGAGUCCAGCACCGGGUCGACAUUAGCUUCGUCAUCGUCGUCUACAUCGUCCUCGUCCACCCCAUCAGUACCAGCGGGAAAUGCGACAAAUCCAGCUGCCCCAGCAACAGCACCUUUACCUCCCACUCCCCGCCUUGGCAGGCUAGAACGCUACGCGCCCUCCCUCGCAGCGCUGUCAACACGCACCGGCGUGCCGCUCCCGUCCCUCGUCCUCUCCUUCUUGGUCCUGCACGAGCUCACCGCCGUCCUCCCCGUCGUGGGCUUCUACUACCUCCUACACUGGCUCGGCGCGGGUGCGGGUGUCGUCGCGUGGCUGGCGGGCAUCGGCUCGUCCUCCUCAGAGUCUGGUUCCGACGCAGCCGUGACGGCCGACGACAUGGCCGCGAUGGAACGCGCGGUGACGCGCGCAGACAGCGCAGGCGACGGGUGGGCGCACACCGUGCAUGAGUGGUAUGACGAGGGUGCCGCGCGCGUGGAGAAGGUCGGCAGGCGCUAUGGUAUCCUCGGGUUCGAGAAGGGGAGUAAGGUCGGCGACCCGGCGGCGGGCGGUGGUGCGGCCGGUGCAGUGGCCGAUGCUGUGGGGGCAUACGUCCUUGUCAAGGCGCUCCUGCCCGCGCGCAUCGGCAUCAGCGUCGCUGCUGCCCCGGCCUUUGCGCGGUUUGCGCUCAACCCCAUCCAGCGCGCCUUCUCGCGCUUCAAACGUCGAUAG